UGCAGGAGGAUACACGAACUCUCUCACACGCUCUUAACUUGAAAACACCUGCGCUCUUCGUUGAGUUGAGAGUUCAUAGGUGUUGGAAAGUCUCGUCCUCCUCGCGUUUCACGUCGUCGGGUCAAUAUUCAGCACCCCAGUUGACUUUCAUCGAGUCCUAAUGACGGCAGAGGUAGACUACCUGGUGGUGCUGUGCGCUGCCACAUCUGGCGCCAGUGGAGAGCUGCUGGGAUCGGACGAGAAGGAACUGGUGCAGUUGGUUUGGCAGCAGGUGGAUGUCAACAACAAAAAGUUGGGGCGUGUGAACGAGCUCCUCAUUAAGCCAGAAACUUCGGUGGAGGAAAAACAGGAGGACGAUGUGGUGGAAGAAAGUCUGAAAGAGGAGAAUGGAUCUGGAGCAGAUUGUGUCUCCACAGCCACAAGCCUUGAGUCUGUUUUAGCUCUGUUUCAUCUACAACUGACAAAUGAUGUGAACAACGCAGGUGCAGGCACGUCAGUGUGUUUAUGUACUGACGGGCCGCUCCACAUCCGCCAAGUGAUUCACCCUGAGGCUGCGAGCAAGAACAUCCUGAUUCCUGACUGCUUCUACUCCUUCUUUGACUUGCGGAAAGAGUUCCAGAUGCACUUUCCUUCAUAUGACCUCAAGGGCCUGAAUGUAAACGCCAUGGCUGAUUCUCUCAGUUUACCUGCCGAUGAAGUGUCCCACGUGUGGGAUUCUACAGCUGCCAUGCCUGUGGACAUGGCAGUGCAGCAGGUCCGGAUGAUGGCAAACAUUGUGCUUGCCUUGCUUUCUGAGCCAUUUUGCCACGUGUUCUCGAACCCUGAGCGAGUGAAUGAGAAGUUUGAAACUGGCACUUGCAGCAAGAUGGAUAAAGUGUGUGAUAACACAGUGAUCAGAGCACGAGGUUUGCCAUGGCAGUCUUCUGACCAGGACAUUGCUCGAUUCUUCAGAGGACUUAACAUUGCUAAAGGUGGGGCAGCUUUGUGUCUCAAUGCACAGGGGAGGAGGAAUGGAGAAGCACUGGUUCGUUUUGUUAAUGAAGAACACAGAGACUUGGCGCUGCAAAGACACAAACAUCACAUGGGCAACAGAUACAUAGAGGUGUAUAAAGCAACAGGUGAAGACUUCUUGAAGAUUGCAGGGGGGACCUCCAAUGAGGUAGCAGUGUUUCUGUCCCGUGAAGACCAGAUCAUUGUGAGGAUGCGUGGCCUGCCCUUCACCGCCACUCAUGAGCAGGUGCUCGCCUUCUUCUCACCGGGGGAUAGUCUUAAAGAAACAUGCCCAGUCAGCGGCGGGAAAGACGGAAUCCUCUUCGUACGUUAUCCCGAUGGACGACCCACCGGCGACGCCUUCGUGCUGUUCUCCUGUGAGGAGCAUGCCCAAUGUGCCUUGAGGAAACACAAGGAGAUUCUCGGGAGGAGAUAUAUCGAGCUGUUCAAGAGCACUGCGGCAGAGGUCCAGCAGGUGUUAAACCGGUACUCCUCGGCCCCUCUGAUCCCUGUUGCUCCUGCUCCACUGGUAUCUAUGUUGCCUGCGGUUUCUCUUCUGCCCCCUCCUGGUAGUGUCAGAGACUGCCUCAGGCUCAGGGGUCUCCCCUACACAGCAAUCAUUGAAGACAUCCUCAACUUUUUGGGAGAGUUUACACACGAUGUCAGAGCACAUGGUGUUCACAUGGUCCUCAACCAGCAGGGUCGUCCAUCGGGUGACUGCUUCAUUCAGAUGGUGUCACCAGAGAGAGCCAUUCUGGCCUCCCAACGACUUCAUAAGCAAGUUAUGACGAGCCAGCGAGGGGCAAACAGCCGCUAUGUAGAGGUGUUUCCCUGCAGUGCAGAGGAGAUGGGCCUUGUACUGAUGGGAGGCUCACUCUCACACACCCACGCACACACACAUUCCCGGAGCCGGAGUGGGACAGGGCUCAGCCCACCGCCAUGUAAGUUCAGACGUUUGACUCCUCCGUCCUACUCUUUUGCUCCGACCCCAACUGUUCUGCCCACGGAGACAGCGGCCGCCCUCUACCCUCCUCUUGGGCAGGUGUUGCUUGCUCCACGUCCUCUCCAGCCAGGUCACGCCUUCUACCCUACCUCGGCUCAGUUCUACAUGAACUACGCCACCUACUACCCGAGUCCACCUGGCUCUCCCAACACAUUAGGUUACUUCCCCUCCCCCUCUUCCCUCUCGUCCCCUGGGGGUCUGAUGCGAAUGCCAGGUCUGACCUACAACAGCACUGGAGUCAAAGACCUCAUUAAUGCUGUACAAGGUUACCAGUACACCCCUGAAGAUGCUCUCAUGCACACUCAUGUGCCCAUGCACGCUCAUGACCCUUCCAGGACAGUGCUUACACAGCCCAAAGAAUGGAGUGCCUCUGAGCCAGUGUCUCUUCUAAACGGCAGUCUGGUUUGUCAAACCGGUGGAGGCGACACGUCCCUCGUGUCCCUCCCUGCGAUCAUACCCAAGCCGGCUGGGCAGUACCUGGACCUGACACUCAUGUAAGGGUUGCAGGGGCCAAAGACUUUAAGAAACAAAUAGCCUAUUAGCUGUGUUAUUUAUAUCUUCAAGAAAGAAAUUUUAUUUUAUACCAAAAUCCUUGUGGCCUCUGCCAAAAUAACAUAGCAUUUGAUUUACAUUGCACAGUGUGUACUUUAAGGCUUUAUUUGAAUUUGUUACAGUUUUAAUAAUCUCUGAAAAACAUUUGAGAGCAAACUAGAGAAGUAUGUUUUAGAAAGCCUUUCUUUGAAGAAUGACUAUGUGUUUUUGUUCAAGUAUGAGUAUUACAAAAAUGGUGUCCACCUGUUUUGAAACACAAUGUUCUAUGUUUUUAAAUGUUUAUUACAGUACACAAUGAUUGUAUUGUAAGCUUUAGUGCAUGAAGAAGUUAGUCCACACGAUAUAUGUUUACAUUGCGCCAAAUACCAAUGCACUGCUGAUUGCUACCGUUCAUAUUGGCAGUAUGUGACUUUGUGUUACACUGUGAGUUUGUUUAGAGGCUAGUGUUUGUUGCCUCUUAAGCUUCCAUGACUCCAGUUUGUGCCCGACUUGGGCAAGUGUGUGAUUUGUUUCAAGCCAAAGUAGCCUUUUGUUUUGGAGGUACACCUGAGCGGAGGACAAUCCCAGCUCUUGAGAACCACAUUUUUCCAGAGCGCUGUUGUCACUAGAUCUCAACUAGCCAGCAGCUCAAUGUGGUUUUCUGAUUUCAUACUUACCUUUGUUGUGGGAGUGACACUCUGGAGCUGUCCCUCACACACUCCUUCCCUGUGAGCUACACCCGAGCUCACUAGUUCUUGUCAGUUGAGAAUUGGAAAUGAAGGACACCUGACGUUCAUAUUGUGAACAGCCCCUGUCUGUGAUGCUGAAUGCUGGUCCUGCAGUAGGACUCUUUGCUCAGGAGCUCAAACAAU